AUGACGGGGAACACGGGGGUUGGGGCACGAACCCAGGUCCCCAGUGCCCAGCGGCUGCACUGCCCUUGCCAGGCUGCCCUCUCCGCAGAGCUCCGGACCCUGACGCGGGAGCCCUGCGCGCCCCCGGGAGGCCCCGCGGCGGCCAAGGUGUACGCCGAGAGGGACGAGCACGUGAAGAGCGCGGCGGCGGCGCUGGGGCCCGCGGCCUCGUUCCUCUGCGCCCCGGAGGCCCACGAGCCAGAUAAGGAAGACAAUCACUCGACCACAGCCGACGACUUGGAAACCAGGAAAUCCUUUUCAGACCAAAGGAGAGUCUCCCAGCCAAGCCCUGCAAAUACAGAUCGAGGUGAAGAUGGGCUCAGUUUGGAUGUCACAGGAACUCAGAUGGUGGAGAAAGAUAUUGAAAAUCUGGCCAGAGAAGAAUUGCAGAAAUUGCUUCUGGAGCAAAUGGAGCUUCGGAAGAAGCUGGAGCGAGAAUUCCAGAGUCUCAAAGAUAAUUUUCAGGAUCAAAUGAAGAGGGAAUUGGCUUAUCGGGAAGAAAUGGUGCAACAGCUGCAAAUUGUCAGAGAUACCUUGUGUAACGAACUGGACCAGGAGAGGAAGGCCCGCUAUGCCAUCCAGCAGAAAUUAAAAGAAGCGCACGACGCCCUGCACCACUUCUCCUGCAAGAUGCUGACGCCCCGGCACUGCACCGGCAGCUGCUCCUUCAAGCCUCCGCUGCUGCCCUAGCGCCCGCCUGGCCGCGCCCACUCGCCCUCAAGCCAUUCCGCUCCCUUCUGUAAAUACCCGCUGCAGUGGCGGCCGAGAGAGGAACAAGCCAUUGGGACCGGACCCUUGUAAAUACAGCCGCCCACCUGUCCGCCGGGCCCCAUGCGGGCCGGCUCGGUGUCCACUGUAAAUACUGCCUCGCCCCUCCUUUGAACUCCAGGGCAUCAGACCUUAAGGGGUAAACUGGACCUACCCGGGGAAAGAAAAGGGAGAGGGGCGACCUCUCUGGCCCCAGCAGGGCCUGGAACCCGGAUUGUGAAUAUAUGUAGCAUCUUCUCCAGCUGCGGCCGCGCACUCCCUGUCCCGUCCACUUCUGAAACUCUCCUUCCUAAGGACAAUGUGGCUAUGUGCAAUGGAUAUAAACGGGCUGUGAGUCUCUUGGUUCAUAUUAGGUUCACUUUAUUUACGCUGUAAGUUAGUUUACUGCCCCACCACCACCCCCCCCCCCCCCCGCCCCUUUCCAGUCCUCAUUUUGCAUUCAUUCCUCUUUGAAUUUUGCUUUGUGGUUUUUGUUGUUGUGUGACGUAACAGCACUUUAAAAAGGGACACAACUGACUCACGAGAUGGCAACCAUCUUGAGCCUAUUUGGGGAGACCUGUAUCCGUGACUUUUGUUUUUAAUAAAAGGAAAAAAGCUGUUACUACGUGGGACUGUGGAGCUGGGAGUGGGCCAGGAGGUGGAGGAGGGAGGGGAGGAGCUGAUGGAAGAUACUACUGGAGGUAGGCGUUAGGGUGCCACUGCAAAGGUUAGAGUGCUCUCUCAGGAGAUGGACAGGGUUCCUGAACAACUCUACUGACCUACCCAAAGACACCCAAUUUUCCCCAGAGGCCUCUGAGUUAAAACCUACUUGGCGCUUUGGCUGGGGAAAGGGACAGCAGCCUGGUCCCUUGAACAGCAGGGCUGUUCUUCACCUGUACAGCCAGGAGGUUAAUUUUUGCCUCUUUCAUCUCCUGUGCAUGAAGUCACCGGCAGGUUGGGGUGCACUCAGCAAGAGAGGUCUCCAGGCUGCUAGGAAUCUCAAGUUCAUCCGAAUUGCUCUGCUUGCUGGAGCGGGCACCGGUAGUGCUGACCAGGUGGGGGUGAGGAGUGAAGGCUGUAGAAUGGCAGG